UACCGCUUCCUUGCAAUGGUGGCGGGCGGUCUGUUUUGAGGUGGUUUUCAAGUGUGAGUGUGCACAAGGUGUGGCUUAAUGAAUGAAGCCCUGAUUCCUAAGAAAUCCACAAAAUAUCCCGAAAUACGUUAGACUCCAAUUGUGUAAUGUAAGAUGUCACGCAGAUCACUUUCAGGAAAUGUAGCAUUGGGCUUCUUUGCAGUAGCAUUCGUAUUAAUAGCUGUAGCAUUUGGAACCCCUAGUUGGUUGGUAUCAGAUUAUCGAAUCACUGGUGCAAAGUUGGACCGUUUCGGAUUAUGGAGUCACUGCUUCCGCUCCUUGGCGGACCCCCACGAUCAGUAUCAGAGACGAUUUUUCGUGGGAUGUCGAUGGCUGUUCGAUCCCUUUACAACAGGCUACGAUGACAUACGCGGAUAUUUGGCACCCGCUUUCAUGAAAACCACACAGUUCUUUUUCACCGUAGCCUUUAUAUGCAUGCUAAUAGGAGCCGUUCUUAGUUUGCUGUACGGCCUUUGUUGCGGGCCCGACAUGUCAAAGUUUGUCAUGUUAAUUUGGGCCACUGCGGUUGUCACAUUAAUAGCAGGUCUAUCGGGUGGCAUAGCUGUUAUUGUUUUUGCAUCGUUGGCAAAUCGUAACGGUUGGAUGCCGGGGCAUGCGAAUAACUUCUUCGGAUGGUCCUUUGCAUUAGCCUGCAUUGGUGUUAUCGCGGCGCUGGUGUCAUCGGCUUUGUAUUUUGUUGAAGCUAACAUACAGAAGAAGAAGAAAGCUGAAUUAAAGGACUCUCAGAGCAGAUUUACGUUGGAAACGAAAACGUAGUACAAAUGCUUCUGUAUUUAUACAAAAUCCGUCCAAGUUUGAAUAGUUGAUGCUUAUUUUAUUUGCAUUGUGACUAAUUACUUUAGUAUUUUUAUAGUAUUUAAGUGGUAAUUUUAAAUUUUAUAAUUUGAUUGACCAAUUCCGUCCAUUAUAUAUGUGUAUAUAAAAAUAGUUAAUAUUUGAACUGGAGACAAACACUAGUGCAAAAAAGGUGUUUGUAUUUUUUAAGUUUUUGUGACAAUUACGUAACUAUAGUAAGUAAGUUGUAAUUUUAAAUUCUAUACAUCAUUUGAACAAAUCUUUUUUCGUUGUUUUGUUAUGAAUGGUAAUUUAUGCACAAAGUGCACAAGGAAUGAAAUUUUAUUACUCCUGUUCGAAUCGUUAGGUGUUACACUUAAAAAAUGUCAGUUAUUGCUCCAAUUUAUGUAUGCCAAGGCAAUAUGUUGACAUUUUGAUACAAUCAUAGAAUUUAUACAUCAAGUUUACCUUUUUUGUAAAAUUACAAUGUGACAUUUUUAAAGUAUUUUAUAUUGUACUCAAAGAUUUUAUACAAAUUUGUUAAUAAAGAUGUACAGUUGUUUCCAACUAAA